AUGAAUCCCACCGGCUCGGUUCUCAUCACGGGCUGUAGCGACGGCGGCGUCGGGUCGGGCCUCGCGCUUGUCUUCCAGGCAAGAGGGUAUCACGUCUUCGCGACCACUCGAAACCCCGAGAAAAUGUCCAUUCUCCAGCGUCUCCCCAACGUCACCUUGCUGCCGCUGGAUGUCGCCGACUCCAGCCAGAUCCAUGCCGCGGUAGAGGCUGUGACGGCGAUCACCGGUGGAACCCUAUCGAUCCUGAUCAACAAUGCAGCGCAGUUCCAUCUGAUGCCGUUGCUCGACGAUGAUAUUGAAACUGCCAAGCAGGCCUUUGACACGAAUGUCUGGGGUCCACUCGCCGUCACCAAGGCGUUUGCACCGCUUUUGAUCCAAGCACGGGGAAUGCUGGUCAACAUCACCACCAUCGCUGGACAUAAUCCUAUGCCGUACUCGGGGAUCUACGGCGCCUCGAAACGGGCCCAGGAGCAUAUGUCGGACGUUUUCCGUCUCGAGCUGUCCCCCUUCCGUGUGAAGGUCCUGUCCGUGGUGACUGGUGCUCUCGCGAGUGGCCAGGGCGCCCAGAACGUUGUGCUGCCACCCGACUCGCGGUAUAAGGCCAUUGAGCACAUCAUCGCGGCCCGGGGGAGUAAUAGCCACUCCCGUAUGCCCGUGACGACCUACACCACUCAGGUCGUGGAUCAGAUUGAGGCGGGGACCACCGGCAAGGUGUGGCUCGGGGAUCAUGCGGAGGAAGCCAAGCAGGCGACUCUGAAUCCGGAGAAGGCUGCGGGAUGGGUAUGUUUCGUCUGUACUCGAUGCGGGUGGUGCUAA